AUGGAAUCGGAGACGACAUCCAGCCCGGGGUCAGCCAGUGGCAUGACGGAUUACCAACCGCGUGCCGGCGCUACGAGGUCCAAGGCGACCAUUCGAGCAUCAUUGGCCUGUGUUCCAUGCAGGUCCAAGCAUUUCAAGUGCGACUCAGCUUUGCCUGCUUGUCUUCGAUGCCGCUUAGAGGAAAAGACGUGUUACUAUGCCAAGUCCAGGAGAGGCAUUCGAGAUCCCAAGAAGCGAAGCCUUAUCAACGAUCCCAUCGGGCCCCCUUCAGCUCCAUCGGAGACCGCGACAUCCUUUCCCUCUCCAGAGCUGGCCAACUUCGACUUUCCCAUCAACGUAGUCGACAGGCUACCGGGAGGUUGGUCGCUCAACAAGGCACAAUUCCCUGACCCUAGGACGGCCUCGCCAACUUCAUUCUUGUUUGACCUCUACUUCACCAACUUCCACGACACACACUCGUGGCUUCUACCCAAGACCCAGCUCCUGAGCCAUAUCCGGUCUGACCCUCAGUCGUUCCACUUCCUCGCCAGCUGCAUCACCUACGUCGGAUCCCUCUUUUCCAGAGCCAUCUCUUCGGAAGAAUUGCGAGAGAAGGCAUUCAGUCUGGCCAGUGGAGGGCUCCCAAUGACUCCUUGGACGGCCCAAGGUCUUCUCGUCCUAAGCGUGGCGGCCUUUGGAGAGGGCCGAGUGGAUUUGAGCAACGGCUGGAUGGAUGCGGCGGUCCAGAUGGCACUUGACCUUGGAAUGCACGAGAGGGCAUUUGCAGAUGCCGAGCCAGAUCCAUUCAUGGCCGAAAGCUUCCGCAGAACAUAUUGGGCGCUAUAUUUCCAUAGCAACAUGCGAGCGAUGCGCGAGGACUUGCCGAGUUACGCCCUCCUUGGAGUCGUGGCAACCACGGGGUUGCCUUGUGAAGAAUGGGAGUAUCAGUCAGGAGAAAUUCCACAGCCUAUCACUCUGGCGCAGUACGACGCUAGGGAUCCCAUGGACGAUAGAAGCUAUUCAUCGUGGAUUUAUUUGAUCGACCUCUGCCGGCUUUGCGGGGAGUUGAUUCUCCCAAUGUCUACGCUGCCUCGUGAACUAUUGGCAAAUUCCGUUGACAGAGCCGAUUCCAGACUGGUUGGAUGGCUGAUCAGUCUGCCCAAGUGGAAGCAACAGUUGGUCGAUUCAGGCGGUGCUGUUGACAUGAUUCUCUUUCACGCAAUGGCCUACGCUCACAGUUUGAGGAUAAGAAUGCAGCUGCCCAUCGGAGCCUUGGAUCUCGGUAUCCGAGAUCUCCUGAGUCUUGGCCCGCUCUUCAAGACACGCGAAACACCGCCGUCUCGAAAUCCAGGAUCUCACACUGCACCAUACCAGUGGCUCGAGUGUUCGACAGCGCUCCAAGCCGGACUUUCAACGAUCGGCUUGUUCAACUUUUCGCUGCCUCCAGCCAAGUACAGUCCGGCAUGCAUAAUUGGACUACGAGGAGCUGCACUGCCCCUCCUCGACGCAAAGAUGUACGGUGCAGUACAGUCACCCGCCUUGCGAGAGAAGCUUGACCUCCUGUUGGGCGUGUUGAAGGUUGCUGGAGAAAUGUGGCCUAUUGCGAAGAACAUUGGUAAUGAGGUGAAUGACUUGCUAAGAGACCUGGACGCCACUGGUCACCGCAGCAUGAUCCCUCACUUUGACCCAUGUCUCGAUGCCUUCAUCAACGACAUGACAUCCUCGGGGAAAGCGGAAGAGCCUAGUAUGUUUGCUUUUUCCGAACCACGAACAGCGGACGAAAUGCUUCACUGGAGUACAGGCUUGACAGGAACAUUUCAAGUCUGA